AUAUCGAACGACUACGACUUAAUCCAUAGAGCGCGCACGACUCUCGUCUUAACCUUCUUUAUUUUGCACGUCUAACGUCUGACGCAUAUCUAUAUUACGUCAAAUUAAUCUGUAAAGAAUUAUUUAUAUUUCAAAUAUAAUUUCAUCCACCAUGCAAAGUUUUAACAAAUUUUUCUUAAAUCCAACGACUAUUAAUCUGACAUGCAUCAGGUAUGCAUCAAAGAAAAGUAGUACCAGUACAAGAAAUAAACCUAUUAAGACAAGACCGAAGCACAGAGGUAUCCGUGUAAAUGAUGGUGGUUUUGUACAGGCAGGAACAAUACUUGCUACUCAAUUGAAACCUAGAUUUCAUCCUGGUCUAAAUGUCGGCUUGGGAAGAGAUGGAACAUUGUUUGCUAUGGAGGCAGGAAAGGUGUUGGUAACUUGCGAGAAGAUCAAUCUUAAUUUUGAUCAUAAUUGGGUGAUAAAACAUUAUGCAGGUCGGGAAGGACAAACUAUCUAUAAGAAACAUUUCAACGUAAUACCAAUGCCUCAACACGAUCGUUUUAAGCUGAUCAAUGCCAUUUAGACUAGAGAAUUUUAUUAAGUAAUUCCUACAGAAGAGAAUGUAUGAUUAAUUAAGAUAAUAUAAACAAUGCAUAAUGCAA